AUGUGGUCUAAAAAGUUUGUGUUUUGUGCGUUUGUGGUCAUAUCGGCCAGAGCCGAGCAAGAUGUUCAAUUAGAAAUUCCUCAGGGAUUUCUAAAGGGCCUAAAGACUAAUACAGUAUUACAGAACAAGGCGUACUAUAGUUUUAAAGGGAUACCCUACGCGAAGCCCAAUGUUGGCCUUAAUAAAUUCCAGAUGCCGGAGCCAGCGGAGUCUUGGGAAGGCACGUAUGAUGCGACUUACCAUCGUGCGUCUUGUCCCUUCUUCUGUAUGAUAGAACAAGAUAUAGUUGGCGAAGAAGAUUGUCUUUUUCUAAAUGUUUACACUCCGGUGUUGGACAAGGACGCUUGUAAAGCUGUUAUGGUAUGGUUCCAUGGCGGUAAUUUCAAUCAUGGCCUUGGAGACGAUGUAUUCUUCGGCCCUGACUUUUUAGUUGAGCAAGACGUCGUUCUUGUGACGCUUAAUUAUAGACUAGGCGCAAUUGGAUUUUUAAAUACUCGCGACAAGAGUGCACCCGGCAACGCUGGUCUAAAGGAUCAGGUGAUGGCGCUGAAAUGGGUCAAGGACAACAUACAUUACUUCGGUGGCUGUCCCAACCGAGUUACGAUCUUUGGCGAAGAUGCGGGCGCAAGUUCCGUCCAGUUUCACAUGAUGUCUCCUAUGUCCGACGGUUUGUUCAAUAAAGCUAUCUCGCAAAGCGGAAGCGCGGUGAAUACAUGGGCGAUAUCUUACGAUGCCAGAGACGUAGCCUUCAAACUGGGCGAAAAGCUCGACAUAGAGACUAGCGAUUCUGCUGAGUUGGUUGCCAGACUCGCAGAAUUUUCUCCGAAAGAAUUAAUUGCGGCCAGUGAUGACUUACCGUUCCUUAAACAGAGCGCUAUGAACGGCCGCACCGAAGCAUUUAUUCCAUCGGUCGAGGCUGACAUAGGACAAGAGAUAUUUCUGCCCGCCGAUCCCUGGACGCUUUUGAAAUCUGGAAAAAUUGCCGAUGUGCCCGUUAUGGCCGGAUUUACGGCCGACGAGUCCGCCUUUUAUGUGCAGAUGAUGCUCGGCAAUAUCGACCAGAUAAACGAGCACUUUGAGAACUUCCUGCCGAACGACUUGAAUAUAACCGAUGCCGGGCAGAAGAACCAACUAGGUGAAAGCUUGAAGAGCUACUACUUCGGGGAUAAAUUGAUCUCCACGGAAACCACGAAAGAGCUCAUGAAGAUGUUGGACGACGUCAUGUUUGAUGCCGGGAUCGCACUCAGUUUAGAGGUAUUAAGCUCCCGAAUUUCAUCCCCAAUUUACCAGUACAUAUUCUCUUACGAAGCGCCGUUCGGUAUGAUAAAAUCUUUGGUCCAAGUGGAGGUCGGCAGCGCUCAUGGUGACGAUUUGACUUAUGAAUUCUAUUCGGACGAGUUGAAAAAUGUGCCACAACCAGGUUCGCCCGCGGAGAAGAUGGUGCGCAUUUAUACCACGUUAUUAGCGAACUUUGCAAAGGACGGGAACCCUACAUCAAAUAUGAACGAGUACGUGAACGUGAAGUGGGAGCCCAGAGGUGAAGAAGAUAAUUACAUGAAUAUUAAUCAAGAUUUAAAAAUGGAGAAAGGCUUAUUGAACGAUAGGGUUGAUUUCUGGAAGAACUUGUACAAAAAUGUUCUUGGCUAAAAAUGCAUUGUGUCGCGAGAACGCAAUAUAAAUAUAUUUGGUCACAUCGAAUUUUAGAACUGGCAAAAUGGUGAUGCGUAAUUAUUCUUAUUUCGUGAUAUAAUGGACAAUAUAUACAAUAUUAUAUAAAGA